ACAUAUAUAUUUUUUAAGAAGGCACAAAUUGCACAAACAAGGCAAUAAUAUAAUGGGCAAAUCAAUACACAUCGAGGUGGAACAUUGCGGCCUAUGUGCGGCACAUGCUCGGCAGUGCAGAUCUCUGCAAAAAUACAUAAUGAGAGAAGAGCCAGAUACGGAUCUAGUUUGUCGUAGUGGCCGGCGCGGCUCAUUCGAGGUGGUCGUUAACGGUAUGUUGGUGCAUUCGAAAUUGAAAACGCAGGCUUUCCCAUCACAAGAUGAAAUUUUACAGCGCGUUAUAAAUGUGCGCGAAGGUCCGACUUCGAAGUACAUGGGAAUGGAAAAUUUUUGCUCAUUAAUGUAAAAUGUAUGUAUAU